AAAAUAGUGUAAAUGAAAGUCUAUUUUUCUCUCUGUAGUCUGUACUGGGGUUUCGGUUUCGUGUGCUGCUAGUCUUGCUAUAUGAUCUUCUAUUAAAUAUAAAUAUAUUUCUGACUCUGUUCAUAAAGGGUUUUUUUUUUUGAGAAAAAAAAACUAGUUUUGAUAGUUUAAAGCUGCAACGGAAUCGCCAUAUACAGAAAGUGUGUGCGCAGGAUAAGAGCUUGCACACUCUUUCUACUUCUGAUCAAAUAUACAUGUGUUGUGUAUUUUGACAAUAGUGUAAUUUAGAGAGAGAGAGAAGGAGGAGAGUGAGAGAGGGGGGAGUGGAGGGGUAUAUUGAGAGGUCGGUUUCUUUGGGAGAUAUAAACAUCAGAGAGAUCAUUCAUGCUUUGAUCCGCGUGCUUUGAUGCAAACUGAUGGGAUUUCUUGUUGUGUCCUAGUCCCACCUUAAAGUUACCUUUUUGCAGGUUUUGUUUCUUUGAUUCUGGUCUCGGGGUUUGGCUUCGGCUUUGUGUCUCAAAUUUGACUGGUCUUUUUGGUGAAAUAUGAGAUUCCAUGAUAUGGAUCGAUCAUGAACCUUCUUUUGCUCUUUCGGAUUUGAACAAGUAUCUGAUUUGAUGUUGUGGGUCGUAUCAAUUUUGUGAACACGAUCCAUUGGGAUUCUAGGAGAAAUAGUUUUUGACUGUCAAGGAGGAAGAUGGGUUUCUAUAUUGAGUUGCUCUGGUUGUAGUUGUGGUGGAGAAGCCGCAGAGACAUCAUAAUGGGUUCUGUUGAAGAAAGUAUCAAAGCAGGUGGUCUGGUUACUGGGUCACAGUCAACAUUUGUUGAGGAAAUGAAGUUAUUGAAGGAAAUGCAGGAUCAAUCUGGGACCCGGAAGCCAUUAAAUUCAGAGUUGUGGCAUGCCUGUGCUGGCCCUCUUGUUUCAUUGCCUCAGGUUGGGAGUCUGGCGUAUUACUUCCCUCAAGGACACAGCGAGCAGGUAGCAUAUUCCACCAGGAGACAGGCAACAUCACAAAUUCCGAACCAUCCAAAUCUUCCAUCUCAGUUGCUGUGUCAAGUCCACAAUGUCACUCUGCAUGCAGACAAAGACACGGAUGAAAUUUAUGCGCAAAUGAUCCUUCAACCUGUGAACUCGGAAAGAGAUGUAUUCCCCGUACCAGACUUUGGAAUAAAGUCCAGCAAACAUCCAAGUGAAUUUUUCUGCAAAACCUUAACUGCAAGUGAUACAAGUACACAUGGAGGAUUCUCAGUGCCUCGCAGAGCAGCAGAAAAGCUCUUUCCUCCAUUGGAUUACACAUUGCAACCACCAACUCAAGAGCUUCUUGUUCGAGACUUACAUGAUAAUACAUGGACAUUUCGUCAUAUAUACCGCGGGCAGCCAAAGCGACACCUUCUCACAACUGGCUGGAGCUCAUUCGUUGGUUCUAAAAGGCUAAGGGCGGGUGACUCGGUUUUGUUUAUCAGGAAUGAGAAGUCACAGUUGUUGGUCGGCGUAAGACGUGCAAAUCGUCAACAAACAACCUUACCUUCGUCCGUUCUCUCUGCUGAUAGCAUGCAUAUUGGUGUACUCGCUGCUGCAGCUCAUGCUGCAGAAAAUCGAAGCUCGUUUACAAUCUUUUACAAUCCAAGGGCAUGCACUUCAGAGUUUGUUAUUCCUUUGGCCAAGUACCGAAAGUCUGUGUAUGGGACACAAAUCUCAGUUGGCAUGAGGUUUGGAAUGAUGUUUGAAACGGAAGAGUCAGGGAAACGCAGAUAUAUGGGUACCAUAGUUGGUAUUAGUGACUUAGAUCCUCUGAGGUGGCCUGGUUCUAAGUGGCGAAAUCUUCAGGUAGAAUGGGAUGAGCCGGGGUGUUCCGAUAAACAGAACAGGGUUUGUUCUUGGGAAGUUGAAACUCCUGAAAGCCUCUUCAUUUUUCCCUCUCUGACCUCAGGUCUCAAACGGCCAUUUCAUACCGGAUUUUUUGGAUCAGAAACUGAAUGGGGAAGUUUAGUAAAAAGACCACUCAUCCAGGUUCCAGAAGGUGGAAUUGGGAAUUCCUCAUACUUGGGUUCAAACAUGUAUUCUGAGCAACUGAUUAAGAUGCUUGGGAGACCUCCAGUUAACUAUCCCGGUGCAUUUGCAUCGUCCCAUCAGUUCACAUCUUCCCACCAACACAAUUCUGUAGCACAUGGAGCUGUAGGAGAAGAUCUCAAUGCGAUGCAGGCAAUGACAAAUCAAAAUCUUCAGAUUAGGUCGUCGCAGAACUUGCCAGUGUCCGAUCAAAAGUCCUCCCAUGUUUCUCUUGACCAAUCUGAAGGUAUGAAGUCGGAUGCAACGAAAUUACUUCCUUCGAACAAAGAUAGAAAUGAAACACCAGUUACUGGCGUUACUGAGAAUCUAAAGUUAGAACCUGAGAAUGCAACAGAUCAGUUAAGCCAGCUAACCACUAUAGGAGAGUGCAUUGAGGAAAGGCCUUCAGUAACUCCAUUGAAUUCACAGAACUUUGUAAACCACCUAACAUUUCCCAAUCCAAAUCUGGGUUCGUUGCCGCAGUCUAAUCUAUGGUCUGUGCAGCAGCGGUUAGAAUCACCAGCUCUUAAUUCCCAACAAAAUACUCUCGCCCAAGCUGGUUCUAAUAGUAUAAAUAGCUUUCCUCCUUUUCAGUGCAAUGAUGAUUGGAUUUUGCAUCCUUCGUGCCAACCUCUCAGUGGGAUGUACAAAUCCGACGGCCCUUUGGGUUUGCAAGACUCCUCAGUAGUGUUCCCUGAAGUCAUUAAUCCCUCUCUACCUUCAUUGAGUCCAGAAAUGUGGGAUCCGCAACUGAAUAACUUGAGAUAUUUAUCCCAAGCUAACGAACUCACUCAGUUAGCUCAGCAAGACCCAUGUAGCCUUAAUUCGAACGGACUGAGGGAUUUAUCCGAUGAGAGCAAUAAUCAAAGUGGGAUAUAUGGUUGUCUCAACAAUGGUGGAAGUGCUGUGAUUGAUCCUUCUGUUUCCAGUGCCAUUCUGGAUGAGUUCUGUACAUUGAAGGAUUCUGAUUUCCCAAAUGCUUCCGAAUGUUUGGUUGGAAACUUCAGCUCCAGCCAGGAUGUUCAGUCUCAGAUUACCUCAACAAGCCUUCCAGACUCUCAAGCUUUCUCUCGUCAAGACUUCCCGGACAGCUCUGGUGGUACAUCUUCUAGUAAUGUGGAUUUUGAUGAGAGUACCUUUUUGCAGAAUAGUUCAUGGCAACAAGUAGCUCCUCGCGUACGAACAUAUACAAAGGUUCAGAAGGCAGGAUCCGUCGGAAGAUCAAUUGAUGUCACAAACUUUAAGAACUACGAUGAAUUAUGCUCCGCGAUCGAAUGCAUGUUUGGACUUGAGGGGCUACUUAACAAUCCAAGAGGGUCAGGUUGGAAGUUGGUGUACGUGGAUUACGAGAAUGAUGUUCUGCUCAUUGGGGACGAUCCUUGGGAGGAAUUCGUAGGCUGUGUACGCUGCAUCAGGAUUCUAUCACCUUCAGAAGUUCAGCAGAUGAGUGCGGAAGGAAUGAAGCUUCUGAAUAGUGCUGCAAUGCAAGGCGUUAAUGGCUGCGACUAGGAGCCCCUCACCCUUCAUUUAAAUUCUGUGAGGUGAAAGACCUUGCAGUGGGCUUGGCCUUCAUACGACCCUGUAACCGCGACAGCUUCAAUACAACCAGUAAUGAUGGCAACCAAUCGCUAGCAGAUUGUUAUUCAGAUUCAAGCUUUCUAUAAGCUGGAGUGUGUUGUAUUAACGGGGAACGGUUUGCAUUUUAGAAACUCUUAUGAAUGUUAAUUCUUCUCAUCCUUUGUACCUCCUAAGUCAUAACCAAGAAAAUGUGGGUGGAUUUGGUCAAGGGAAUGUGGAAAUAGUACUUAAAGACCCAGUACGUGUCCAAGAUCUUUCGAUCUACUCGAACACUACAGUGGAAGUGUAUUGAAUCACGAACAAGCGUAUUUUGAUGUGGUUUGAAAUAGAGCAUUGUGGACUCUUAUUUAUA